CUUGUGCCGUGGUUCUGUGGUCUGUGGUGUUGUGCCUUCUGCAGCAACUUCAUGAUGAUUAUUGAUUGGCUGAAUGAUAAAUGAUAAUCAUGCUAAUUGCUAAUGCUUAUUGUUCUGUGAUGCUUAUUUACAAAAGACAAAACACAGCGCACAGCAUAAGUUAUUAAGUUUUUAUAAAAAGUUGAUAUUAAUUUCUUAUUAAUAUGGCUAAACCCUCGGGAUAUGACUCGCACAGCGAAGGACCAGGUUUCGUAGGAAUUAGAUUUUGUCAGGAAUGCAAUAACAUGUUAUAUCCGAAAGAAGAUAAAGAAAACAAAAUAUUGAUGUAUGCAUGUAGAAAUUGUGAUUACAAACAACACGCCGAUUCAAAAUGUAUAUAUGUUAACAAAAUUAUGCACGAAAUAGAUGAACUAACUCAUAUAGUAGCAGAUGUUAUUUCUGACCCAACAUUACCAAGAACUGAAGACCAUCAAUGUCCAGAGUGUAAUCAUAGGGAAGCAGUUUUCUUCCAAGCCCAGACAAGAAGAGCUGAAGAAGAAAUGAGACUCUACUAUGUUUGUACAAAUCCGCAUUGUGCCCAUAGAUGGACCGAAUAAAUAUUUUUUAUAUAAAGUAAAUGUUGCAGAUUUUAUUUUGAAUCUUAAUAAAGCUAAGUUUUGU